AUGAAGAAUCUGCUCCAGAAAGACGAGAAAAAAGAAGAACCCCAGCAAGCGGUACCGUGCGACCACAAGACGGCCUCGCGAUGCCUGCUCAACCUGAUGCCCGUGGUGUCGGAGACGGUGAGCGGCACCCUGCUAAACGGCACUUUCCUGCCCGACAUCUGUCUCGAGGUGGUGCAUGAGCGCGCGUUCUCCAAGCUGCCCUUUGCCAAGGUCGCCCUCACGGUCGUCCUGUUCGCAGACAUCUCGGGAUUCACCGCGCUCACAGAGACGUACUCUAUGACCGGGGCGCUCGGCAUCGAAGCUCUGACCCGAACGCUGAACCACUUCUUUGGCCACAUCAUUCAACACAUCUUUACUGCUGGCGGAGACAUCUUCAAGUUCGCUGGCGACGCCCUUUUCUGCAUCUGGAAAGUUGACGACGAGAGCACACUGGCCGAAACCAUCCAGACGGUGGUUGACUGCAGCCUGAACAUUCAGAAGAACUACGGCGAGUGGCCCACCUGCAUCGGUGUCACCCUGCGUGUCAAGAUCGGCAUCGCUACCGGGCUGCUCGAGUACCACUUCUUCAACGACGAGUACGACUCCGUGCACUACUCUGCCAGCGGCACCGUGGUGGAGUACGUUCGCAACGCCGAGAUGCUCUGCACGGCCGGCGACAUCAUACUCACCACCGAGGCCUGGAGCUACUUGGAGAAGAAGGGUGUCAACACGCGCUACACCUACACCGCGCUGCCGGAGGAUAUGGUCAAGGUCCUGUGCUUCGACCCUGGCGUCACUGAAGAGGAAAAAGUGUCCUUCACAUCUGGUAAGACACAUGUCUCUUAAAGGCUGCACAACGAAAGAGACGAGUGGAUGACGCACAAACUCACUUUGUCGUCAUAACCACGCCCACUUGAACGCAGCCUUCGCUGGAGUGCGGCCCGCUUUGUACGCCCUCAACUUCGAAGAUACACCUCUGCUCAGGAGGUUCAUCUCGCCGGUGGUUGUCAACGUGAGUAUUCCGUGUCGCACAUGGCACACUUGCCAAC